AUAUAUAACUUUUAUUUUUAAGAGUCAUCCUUUUUCAUGGUUACUUGUGAAAGUUAGUCUAAGAUAAUAACUUGAAAUAAUAAUACAGGUAUUCAAUUGUGUUAAAUUUAUAAAACAAUAUAAAAGAUAUAAGAAUUUAUUCAUUUUAUUAAAUAAUUGAUUGAAUUUUUACUUCGCGUAAAUAAAAAACAAGGCGUGUAAGAGUUGCAGAAUUUCAUCAAAAUGAAGAACAAUAAGUUAGAUAUAAUAAUAUUUGGUGCUACUGGAUUUACUGGACAAUAUGUUGUUAAAGAAGCAGCACGUUUGGCUAAAGAAACAGAAUUUAAUUUUGGCGUAGCUGGACGUAGAAAAGAGGCAUUAGAAUCUACUGUUAAAGCGUGUGCACCGGAUAUUGAAAACGUUCCCAUUAUUAUUGCGGAUAUAAAGGAUGAAGAAUCUCUUAAGAAAAUGGUAGAAAAGGCAAAAGUUCUUGUGAAUUGUUGCGGUCCAUAUAUACAUUAUGGCGAACCUGUUAUUAAAGCUUGUAUAGCUGCCAAAAUUCAUUAUGUUGAUGUUACUGGAGAAGCUCUGUUCAUAGAAGAAAUGCAAUUGAAGUAUAACGAAGCGGCACAAAAUGCUGGUAUCUAUAUUGUAAAUGCUUGCGGCUUUGAUAGCAUUCCUUCAGAUCUUGGCAUGGUUUUUACACAACAAAAGUUUGGCGGGGAAGUUAAUAGUACCGAAGUAUACUUUAGUACCUCAAAUUUGAAAAAUUGUAACAAACCUGUAGCAAACUUUACGUCCUUGGAAAGUUUGAUUUAUGGAUUCAAUCAAAAGGAAAAAUUACGUGAUAUUCGUAAAAAAAUAUUUUCUAAGAAAUUACCAGAAUUGAAGCCCAAAUUAAAAUUCAAAGGUUGGCUUCCACAUAAAUGUGCUUUUACAAAUGAAUGGUCCAUAGCAUUUCCAGGUGCAGAUCGUUCAAUAAUCUAUCGUUCACAAAGAUAUUUCUUUGAAAAAUAUAACCAGAGACCUAUUCAGGCUGAAGUAUAUAUUGGAUUCUCAUCUCUAUUUUAUAUAUUUAUGCUGAGUUUUAUGAUUAUAUUGUAUUUUCUUAUGAAAUUUUCAUAUGGACGCAGUUUAAUAUUAAAGUAUCCCAAACUAUUUACUUAUGGAUUCAUAAGUCAUGAAGAACCAACCGAAAAAACAUUAAAUGAAUUAAAAUUAUCUUUCACUUUCUUAGCACGUGGUUGGACUGAAAAAUUAAGUGAACCUUCUGAUGUUCAUUCUGAUCCUCCAAAUAAGGAGAUGGUUACAAAAGUUACAGGUGUUAAUCCUUACGCCAUAACUAGUGUUGCUGUAAUGUUAUGUGCUCUUAUCAUUUUGAAGGAAUCUGAUAAAAUGCCUGAAGGUGGAGGUAUCUUUACUACUGCUGCCGCAUUUAGUAAGACUUCUCUUAUCGAUGAAUUAAACAAAAAAUGUCUUAAAUUUGAAGUUGUUUCGUCCAUUGAAAAAUGAAAGUAUUAUUAACAUAUUACAGGAUAAGGUCUUUCAAUAUUUUUUUCGUAUUACUUAUCGUUUGUUACUUAUCUUCAAUGUAAUGUCUUUAUUAUAGAUUUAACUUUUCGGUUUUGGUAUUAUUAUCUAUACAAAGUAGAAAAAUAAUUUGUGAUAACAGUUAGAGCUAAUAUUUUAUAAACACAUUUUGAUAUAAUAUAGAUUACUAUUGUUUAUAACAAACAUGAAGGAUAUAAGUUAACAUGGUUCUCUCAAAGAUAUUAUGGUUAUUAAUUUUAAUAUUAUGGUAUUUUAUGGUUAUUUACAUUUUUACAUUUUUAUUAUGUUAUAAAUAAAACAUAAAAUGUUA